AUGACAACCAAGAACAUUUUCCCAGCCUCUAAGCCAAUGACUGGCAUUCCGCUCCAAACUUCCUCAGAAGUCCGCAACCCCACCACCAAACCGUCUAAGACCAACAAGUCCAAAAGGUCCAUCCUCGAGAUGCAGGACUCAGUCUCUACUCUGUCUGAUGAACUCCCAGAGAAUUGUGACUCCUCCCUCUCUGAGUCCACAAACUUCUACCACCUGGGCCUGCGUUCACUUCCACCAAGGAAACUUCUGGCCCCAGAGCUGCAGGCAAGUGCCCCCAUCCCUAGGGCCACAAAACCCAGUGUCUCUAACGAUCCCACAGCCAUGCUUCAGCUGACAGAGGAGGCAUAUGAGUUCAGAAAGAAUCUCAGCCCAGACCCGUUCCCUCUCAUGAGUGCGCCCACUGUGUCAGUCGUAAAGGCACCCUCUGCAGAUACGAUGGUGGCACCCUCUGCAGAUACGAUGGUGGCACCCUCUGCAGAUACGAUGGUGGCACCCUUAUCAUCAGUGGUGAAGCCACCCUCUUCAGUGACCUCAAAGAGACUCUCUGCAGGAGCUACGAAGCCAAGGACCAAGACCCAGGAUACAAACCAGAGGGAGCAAGGCAAAGGAAACCGUUGUUUCUCCCUUGACCUGAUGUUUGUUAACCCAAACCAGUCAACUCUGGGGAUCCAACAUGUCUCUAUUCCAGAGGCCACAAAGGUCACUAUCCCAGGGACUCACUUUACUUCUUGA